AUGAAAGAAGAAGAACUAAGCGAUGAUUGUAAUGAGAUUCUCGAUUUGACCGAUGAUUUGCAAAGAGGAGAGAAAUGUCAGAUUUGUGGUGGAAUGCAUGCGAGGAGAGCUUAUGGAGGAAUGGCUUGCGGGUGGGCUAAUUUCACAGCUCGACGCGCCGGUUGUGAGCUUCGGAAGCGUCGUGGUCUCAUUCAAUCUAAAGAAAUUCACUUAAAAAGAGAAUUUCAAAUGGCUGCUCAAAAUUUCGCGCGUCCUUUGCUUUACGAGAGAUUAGAAGCUGUUGAUGUUGUGAGAAGUUUGAUGAACAUUCAAAACAUGAUUACCCAGGAUCUCCACGGGCGUCUUGUUUUCGAUUUCCCUUACUCUUUCGAGCUUUCUCUCAAUCAAGUUUUGCACAAUCCGACCGCCGUUUGUUCAAGGAUACCGCUUGGCUACGAUGAACCCACCGAGCCAAAUAUUCCACUUGAGCAACUGCCAGCGAUGGCCGCGAGAAUAGUGGCCAGAGCACUAGUCCAUUGCACCGAUCUCUAUCGAGCAAUUCCCGAAUUUUGGCAUCUUAAUGAGGAAGAUCGGAUCAACUUGAUUAGCACGCAAUUCGCUAUGCAAGGAAUGCUCAACGACUACUAUCACACUUAUAAAUAUAACUUUAAAAACGGUCUCUUGUCAGCGCUUGGAUUCAGAACUAUCGGUCCCGAUUGUCCCGUGAACGCCGUGCCGGGGAUUGAUGUUUUUUUUGAGGACACUUACAAUUGGUAUGUUCCCUACGGAGUGAAACUUGUGAUUCCAGCGAUUCGACGCGGUGAGAUGCUCGACGAAGAAUUUCUCCUAAUCAAAACCAUUCUUUUGUUCUCAUCAGCUGUGGGAUUUUCCGAUGUGAGUGCUCAGGUGAUACGCAAUGCUUUCAACAAAUACACGAGCAUCUUGCUGGAGCAUCUGAAGAAUCGGUUUCAAAGUCCUUCAAUGGCGAUUGAAAGGUUCACGGCUUUGAUGAGUGUUCCAAACUAUUUGCUGAACGCAUCUCCAAAAAUAAACGCCGAAUUGGGCAGGAACACUUUGAUGAAAUAUUGCAAACUCGAAGGACCACUGCUUGAAGAAAUCUUUCACAGACAA